UUCCGACUCCAUCGUCCCCUCCAUCAGUCCUUUCACCAGCCCGUCUACCGAAUGCUGGUCCAGGGCCAACUGCCGCACUCCUGAAGACCCUCAAAGAUAAUCACGAGCGCAGCCAUGUCUUCUUCAACUACUACAGCUUUCACAACCAUGCAGCCCACCACUUGUUAGCCAUUUGGGCACUUGGCGCAUCCGGCCCUCUCAUCACAGCUGCAUAUGAAGAUACUCACCUCGACCAUAUGCGCGAUGCUUUCCAGGCACCUGACCAUGUAGUCAUCUCAGAUGACAACUUUCAUGACUACCUCGGCGAUGAAAAUUAUUAUAAUGCAUAUCUGGAAUAUUUCCACAAAGUAGUUCUCGCCCCAGGCGCUACCAUCUCAAGCACCCUUGAAAAGUACAUCUUCUCUUCAGAGUACAACAUCAACAACUCUCUCGCACCUGGAAAGCAGCAACCUGAAAUGCUUAACCGUUUCGUGGAAAUUCUCAUCCACCCUCUCAUUCACACAGGCUAUGGCGCAGAAUUCGGACUACCUGGCAUGCUGGCUGAAGGUCUCGCUCAGGCGAGCGUUCAUCCUGCACGAGCAACCGUCUUAGUCUCUCGCUUGCUUUUCCACGGAAACUCGGCCUCUCAGUACAAGCCUAAACCGCAUGUGCAUGCGCUCACGAUCCUCUCGCAGAUGCUUGUUGAUAAGCGUUUCUGGACGCGUAUCCUCGAAAAGCAUGAAUUCGAGGCCAUGCUCAUCUCGCACGGCGAACUCAUCAACUCUUACGCAGAGAUGUGGACAUGUGAGAUCAACAGCCAGGAAGAUUUCAGUCGCCACCUUGAGGAGCUCGUGUGGGCAAGUACUUUGAUGUACGGCGUCGGUAGCUGGGAUGGCGAAAGCGAAGAGUAUCGUGCCGAUUUCUUCACCAUGCAUAUCGUCACUUCAUGCCUCUUCCUCCCCUCUCUUUGUGCUCACCUUUCAUACCGAAGCCAGUCUCUCCUCCUACGUGCUCACUUCCUCGCAGGCAUCACCUGGUGGCUCGUUCGUGGACGCCCUGCGCUCCCCCUGCGCAAGUUCUUCGCCGCGCCGCUUGCGCCCCUCCCUUCCCCAGCGCACUUCAAGUACCCAACGACGUUCCCUGGUGUUCCUCCCAAGUCAGCAGCGUGUGCACUGCUCGGCGGGGAUAGUCCUCAUGCGGUGACACCCAACGUAUGGUUACCCCUUCUAGAGAACACAAUCGUACACCCGAAUGAGCAUCUCUGCAAGUGCCAGCGUGCACUUGCACACUUUGCCACACUGUACGGGCAUCAUGAAGCUGGCUUCAUGUCGGAGGCACUGUCCUCAAGUCCAGCGAUCAGUUGUCCUGACACACCAGUGUUGCCCGGUGGUCUUGAACUCGCAGAGGGCGAGUACAAAGCGCUCGAGGCGCCGGAGUGGGAGUUCCUUGAUGGGAGCGUAUUCUUGCGCGCAGCUUGGUUGACGGGUGCUGCUCUGGGAUGGGUGAGAGACGGCGAACCGAACACAGGUGCGUGGGAUUACCAGGAGUUUGAGAGAGUGGCUUUGGAGAGAGAUGAGCUCGAAGCCAAGAAGAAUGCAUAGGCGGCGAGGACAUGUACCCAAAAUACGUAAAAAUCCCUGCUUGAAAUGAAACGCAAACCAGCCUUUUGGGCAACACUGGGGUCACUCGUCACAUGAGUCGAAA